GCUCGCCCAUGGACGCCAUCUUUCCUCUCUCUCCGUCUCUCUUUCUAUCUCUCCCCCCUCCGCAUCUGGCCCGGCCGCCGCCCUCGUCCCCCGGAUCGGCCGUCCGGUGGUAGCUCCUCAGGUCUCAGCUCUGAUCUUUGGCGGCGGCGCGGGCGGCGAGGCGAGCCGGCGGCAGCAAUGGCGACGUCCAAGAAGGAUCCUCCGAGCAGGGACAGGGCCGCCAGGGGCUCGCCGAACCUGAGGCCGUCGAGCAGUAGCGAGCCCUCGUCGGCCGGACACGGCGUGCGGCGGGCGCGGUCCGUCCCGAGCUCGCCGGACCGCAAGUUCGGCUCCUCGGCGGCGGCGGCGGCGGCGGCCGCCGCCGCCGCUGGAUCCCCGGACGUGUACAGGCCGUCCCUGUCUGCUGCUGGCCGGUCCGUCUCGUCGCGGUCCAGCUCGUCGGCUCAUGGCGGCAGAGCCCAGCCAUUCCCAAAGCCAACGCUUGGCAGGGUGAAGUCUGAGAAGGCCACCACCUCCCAGCGGCCUCCGGCGCUGGUUGUGCCGGCGAGCAAUUCUAAAGCGCCGUCCACCUUUCAGAAGAGCAAAAUGUCUCCAAGGCCUAGCCCUGACAAGGCGGCGGCGGCGGCGUCUCCGAAGCCGACCACCCAGCGAUCGCCGGCUUCGGUGGCGGCAAGAGGUGGUAGGACUCCGAUUGUGUCAUCCACACGAGCACCGGGCAACACGGCCGCCGCGAAGAGAAGAGCAGAAGCAGCAAAUGGUGGUGGUGCAGCUGCUGCAAACUCAAAGGCAAGAAAUGGUGCUGCUCAGAGGGCAAUGGCAGCAUCUGCAACUGCAAUCUCCAAGGAGAAGGAAGAUGAACCGUCGAUGCAAUUCGACGAAUCCGAGAGCAUCAGCUCCCCCUCCAUUGAAGACCAUUUGCACGAACAGCUGCCUGAUCCCGUUGAUCUCAAGCCCCUGGAUAUGUCUGCUUCUGAUCAGGCACCACCAACCUUCCACAUUCCAGAGCAACAAUGCAAGGGUGAGGAAGCCAAGGAAAGCUUCUCCGAAGAUAAAGAUCAGGUUGCAGGAGGCAAUGAGCUGCACAAUGGAGGUCAAGUUGCCGAUGACGUCGCGAAGGAUGCAACCACGGGCACUGACAAGGCUGAUGAUGAAUCCCAGCAAGCGGAGAAGGAAGAGGCGAAAGCGAAGGCGGAGAAGGUUUGGAGGAAAGAUGAACCCAAGAGCAAUGAAGUGAUUGAGGAGACCAAGAGCAAACUCCUUGAGGAGAGGAAGAGCAGGGUGAAGGCCCUGGUAGGGGCAUUCGAGACUGUCAUGUCCUUCAAGGAGUAGUAGUGCUCAUGCCAAUUGUUUGGACGCAUCGUGUGGUCCAUCUCAGGAUGAGUCGCUCCUGAUCAUGCAAAUAUCAUCCGAUCGUGAGUUGAGUGUUCAUAUGAUGAGUUCCUUGGUUCAUUUGUAUUCGAUGUGGUAAAUUUUUUUUCCCCCACCUGAAUGGUCAUUGCAUUUGAUGUGAA